AAGUAGUAGUCAACAAGUGAAGUUUGUUUUUGUUUCGUUUUCGAGCUCUGACUUUGUGAUAUUUUAAUUUACGUGUCGUAUAAAAAAGGUUUAAAAUUUGUUUUUUUGUUAGCAGUUUUAUUUCAUUUUUGGAAGUGAACGAAAAUAUUUUGAGCACAUAUUUGAAGAUGAAUUUUGAAGAACUACUUCAAUGUCCUGUUUGUUUCGAACUGCCUAAUGGAGCCAUACAACAAUGUGAACAGGGCCACGCAGUUUGCCAAAAUUGCCGAAGAAAACUUACAAAUUGUCCUGUAUGUCGUGGCUUAUUUUAUGGCACAAGAAAUUAUGUUAUGGAAGAAUUAAUUGAGAAAAUGAAACGUUCAAAUAUUAAAGGUGAAACUAAUAAUAAAUCAGAUGUGAAUAAUGUCAAUAAAAUUAGAAGAAGGGCACCACCGUCGGCAUCACCAGGGUAUUAUCCCUGUAAAAUCAGUUUUUGUAAAGCAAGUUUGCCAGUGUGCCACACUCUUGUUCAUUUGAAGAACCAUCACAAAGAGGCUCUAUGUGAAUCAUCUACUCAAGAUGGUUCAACUUUUACUCGUGUGAUGGACAUUUUAUGGAUACCAGGACUUCGCCAAGUUUUUGCUAUGCAAAUAUCAGAUAUGGGCCUAUUUUAUUUAAUAAUUCAUAAUGAUCAAUUUGAUGGAACAUUGCGAGCAUGGGUACAAAUGGUUGCUCAUCAUCAAGUAGCACAAAAAUUUUUGUACGAGUUAAAUUUUCACUCAGAAAAUCAUGCAUUAAAAACCGUGUUUAUAGACAAUGUGCAGUCUGUGAAACAGCCAUAUGCCCGUUUUUUAAGUACUACAGCAACACCGAUGUGCACCUUCAUAAAGCGAAAUUCAAGAAUAUUUAAUAUGCAGAGAGAAUGCCCAUAUUCAAGACUCCAUUUAGCAAUUACUUUUGCAGAUAUUCAUGGAUUAACAAUAACACGAACACACGGCACAAAAUUUUACAAAAAUUAUUUACGCACUGACUACCCAGAGCUAAAACGACAUUGGAAGUUUGACUUAGCAAGCAAAGAUAAUUUGCUACAAAUAAAUCAAGCAAAUACAGCUGUUGCGACAUCCAAUGAUCAUUGAAAUAAGCCAUAAAAUUCCUACAAAUGUAAUUAUAAUUUGUUAAAAAUGUGAUAUAGACCAAUU